AUUUAUGGGAAAUAAAUCUCUUUGCUGUUCAAAUUAAGCAGAACUACAAUCAUAAAUUUAUAAAUAAGAUGGAAGACCUUAGGCAUAAAUUAUUCAAUAAACUGAUGUUAAUGGGUGUCGAGUAGUUUUAAGUUUAGGAAAACUAUUUAAUGAAUAAGUUGACAUUAUUGUACUACCUACAACUCAGAAAUUGAAACUUAGUACUUUAUCAUCUGAUCAUAUUAAGUAGAAUAUCUAAUUAAUUUUACAGAAAAUUUGGCAGUAAUUAAAUAUUGAAUGAAUUACAUCAAAUUCUUUUGAGCGAAGGUGGAAAAGUAUAGUUAGGAUCUGUUGUUCAUACUCAUGCUGGAGAAGUUAUUUAUUCUUUAAAAAUUUUAGAUGCCUUAUGAUUAUUUAUUCUUUGCUGUAUUGCCAUGUGCUAACGAUGCUUCUAUUAUUGUUUUAAAUGAAUCACUAGAAUAAGAGAUGGUUAGUUCACUUGAAGAAAACUUCAGAGUUAAUUCAAUUACAGCCUAUGCUGACAAAAAGAAACUUGAUUCUACAUAGUCUAGAGAAAUUUAAAUUGUCUAUGAAGCUAUUAUUAAUUGUUUAGAAAAAGCUACAGAAUUGGGUGUUAAAUCUAUUGCCUUCUCCGUUAUGGAUUAAUAAGUCAUUCAAAUUGCAAGAAGUAAAUUAGCUUCAGUCAUGCUUUUUGCUAUCAAGACUUUCCUGAGAGAUAAUGCGAGUUAAACUACUUUAGCUGAAAUAAGAAUAUCAUCUUGUGAAGCACCAUCUUUUAAAAUUUAUAGAACCUAUAUGAAUUAAAUUUUAAAUGAUUAGGGUGAAACUACUAUUGAGAAACUAUUUUAAUAAGAGGAAUAAAUUUAUUAAUAAGAAUUCAAAAUUGACAGUUAAAAUGAUAUCAAGAGAGAUGAUAUUCGAAAAUUUUGUAAUGGAUGUCAGAAUGGAGAUUACAAAGUAAAAGAUUUUAAAAGUUCUUUCUGA